AUGGACCUUCAACUCCUCCACCGCCUCAUCCGAACGACCACCGGAAUUGCAGCAUCGUCAUUCUUUACGGAAAUUCAUGUUAUUGGAGGAGAAGACUGCCCUAAGGACAUUCCUAUCAUCGUAACAGCGACCCACCAUAACAUGAUGCUCGACCCAGUGAUUCUCUCACACACCUUCCCCCAUGCUAGGAUUCUCAACUACUGGAGCAAGGCUACCCUAUUCAUUAACCCGAUCGUCAGCUGGAUCCUCUACUCCUCUGGAAACAUCCCGGUCGACCGCAAAUCCCGCGACCGCAAAGUGCUCCUGAAAGGAACUAUGGAAGCUCUCCAAAAAGGUUAUGCUGUCGCUCUUUUCCCAGAAGGCACCAGCUAUACCGAGCCAAGAAUCAUGCAAGUCAAGGACGGGGCCGCAUGGGCUGCGCUGGAAUAUAACAAAUUGGCCCAAAAUGACCCAGAGAAGAAGAAGUCCAAGUCUGUCGCAGUCGUGCCUGCCGCUAUUGUCUAUACCAAUAAGACAAAAUAUCGCAGCAGCGUUAUCGUUGAUUUUGGCUCUCCCAUCUUCAUGGACGACUAUGUUGAGCAGUUUUCAUCGGAGGCAGAAGGGGCGCCCCGAGCAGCAGUCAAACGGCUUACACGUGCAAUCGAGAAGCAGCUCGUAGAAACCACAAUCAACGCGCCAGACUGGAAUACUUUGUAUGCUGCUCGAAUGGCGCGUGAUCUUUUAUGGGUCGACGAACGAUCCAUCAAUCUCGGCGAAUACGUCGCCAUUUCGCAAACCUUGGUUGAUCUCUUUUCGACCCCGGAUCCGACCCCCAACUUCAAGUCCGUCAACAGGCGUCUACUCGAAUACUACUCUCUCCUACAGUCGACCAAACUGACCAACUCCGUUUUAUCAAACCUUCCUCUUCCACGAACUCUCGACCCCAACCGACCAACUCCGGUUCCCAGUCGCCUUCUGACCCUCCUUAUACUUCUGCGCGACAGUUUCGUCAUGCUCCUUCGCAUUCCCUUCUUUAUUUUCCCGCUCGUGAUGUACUUGCCUGUGUACUAUAUGGGACGAGUCGGUGCUAGGCUAGUCAAAGACGAGGAAGAAACUCAAGCCCAAAACAAGCUAGUUUUCGGCAUGAUAUCGAUGUUCUUGACCUACCCGGCCGCCUUUUUCUUCCUUUGGUCGUUUUUCCUGUAUACUCGUGUCGGUGCUGUCAUGGCGGCAGCAACCUUGUGGCUCUUUGCGCGUUACCACGAUACAAUGAUCAAUGCUAACUAUGAACAUGCUAAGCGUCUUCUUGCAACCUGGCGUGUUCUUAUCGGAGUCUGGGGACCUAAACGCUGGGACCUUUCCCUUCCUGCGCUGACACCCUAUAUGACUCCUGUUUUCCCUAAGGAGAGCGAGUUCAUCACCGUCAAGGCCCCUGUGGUUCCCGAACCCGACCUGGGCUCGGUCGAGCCGCCAGCUGAUCUUCCCAAUCCAAAGUCACGUCGCAAACCUUCUUCUCGCCGGAUUAUGCGUCAUGUCCUCCGAGCGCGCGGAGAAGCGGUCAAAGCUGUCGCCGAGUUGUUUGAGCAACUCCGUCUCCAGAGCAUACAGGCCCGGAACAGCGGUGGGGUGCGACUCAAGGCAAGCGUGCAUCUUGCCAAGAUAUAUGGCGGUGUCGAAGUUAGUGUCAAGAGCGACAGCGAGGCAGAAGGUGCAACUGGCCAGACCAAGGAGGUUUUGGAAGGCUGGCGAGAAGCGGGUGAGGUCAUUGCCUUCCUCAAGGAAAGGGGUGCAAAAGUUCCACAGUUGGGCCGGUCAUCGGAGUACGAAGCUGAAUGGGCGGCUGCGUUGACGAGUGAUGCGGAAUUUGAGCCGGGCAAUUGA